AUGGACGCUCGCGGUGAUCAUGCCGCAAUAUGCCGUCAUGGCUUCGGCGUCGUUCACCGUCAUAACACUGUACGCAACCUCCUCGCCCGUCACGCGUUCCGCGCCGCCGGUCUCUGUUGCGACCUUGAGGUCCCUUCUCUCUUGCCGAAUACCGCGAACCGCCCCGCCGAUAUUCUCGUCCAGCCCGCCUCGCCUCCUUCGGGCGCUCUCCCGGACCGCCCCACUGCGUACGACGUAACCGUUCGUUCCCCCUACUGUCGCUCUACAAUGUCCCUCGCUGCGAAAGGCCUCGCGGGUGCAGCGGAAGCUGCUGAUUUGGACAAGCUUCGCGUCCAUUCCCGUACAGUGCGUGACGCAUUUCACCUCCAGCCUGACUCCCCACUCCCUCUACUCGACUGGCACUUUGUCCCGCUCGCAUUUGAUACUCUCGGCGCGACCAGCUCUCGCACGAUGGCAGUCCUUGAGUACCUCGCUCACCGCAUUGCCAACCGGACAUAUUCAUCUUACGGGACCGCCAAGAUACGUCUACUACAACGCAUCAGUUUCGCUGUUUGGUCCAGUUUGGCCUCUGCCACCCUUUCCCGUAUGCCCUAUCACGGCGCGGCCCUAUCGAGCCCCGCCCAAGUGUAA